UCGGAAUAAAUGCACAAAUCAUGAUCAAAAACUGGCAGUACAACUGUUGAAUCAGUAUAAAAGAUAUAUAUUAAUAAAUAGAAAUAAAUAUUAACCAUUUUGUCAAAGUAAGGAUGAUAGACGUAAAGGUUUCAAGAAAUCUGUGGUAACGGCGAUACAGCCCUGCCAGCUGUCAGCCAUCGAUUGUAAGAACUUUUGCUGCCUUACAAAGCAGCGUAACGUACAAAAACAGUAUUUUUCGUUGUUUGCACGAAAUCAAAAUAAUUUACUCACGUUUUAUACGUAUUUGACCAAAAAUGGAUAGUAACAUACGGUACAAUAUGCCUUCACAAAUGAAUAGUGAUUCAAAUGGAGAACCAUCUUCUCAGAAUGAUAUAUCGGCAUUAACUGUAGCAGUACCAGUUACAACAAGUGAUAUGAUUAAUCAUUCAGGAAAUGUUGCUGCAGCACAAACUUCAAUUGAAAGUCGAAUGGUGGAUGGAGAAGAAAUACCACCUCCAAAAGCAGAUUUCUCAGCUCCUCCACCUUAUGAAGUAGCUACAAAAUUACCUAGCUAUGAGGAGGUCCAACGUGAAAAAACUUUACAGGGAGAACCUUAUCCCCAAAUACACAUGUCUGGCAAUAUCAGAACACCACAACAACGUUUGACAAUUAUGGCUAUUGAUACUGAAGCUGCAGAAGGAGAUCCAGAGAGUAGUUUACUUGGUACUGAUUUCAUGUUCUUUACAGCAUUUUUGGUUGCAUUUUUAUUCAAUUGGAUCGGAUUCUUAUUGUUGAUGUGCUUUUGUCACACAAUUGCAUCUCGAUAUGGGGCAUUAUCUGGUUUUGGCUUAUCUUUGACAAAAUGGACACUGAUUGUUAAACAUUCCACUGAUCUUGCAUCGCGUGAAAAUUCAUGGCUAUGGUGGUUGAUAAUGGGAUUUGGUGUUUUAAUUUGUGCACGAGCAAUUGUUCAAUAUUUGAACAUUAAACGUGGGUGGAGAUUAUUACCUGGAAGUGCUCAGGAGCGUUUACUCUUUUUUUAUUAAGCUAUUAAAUCUGCACCUUUAUCUAACUUGGCUUUAGAACAAACAGCAUUUCUAUUUGGGGUUGUAUUUGUAUAAUAUAUAAUCUACACCCUGUGAAAAUAUUACUUUAUAUUGGCUACGUACUACUGUAUUAUUAGAAGAGAAGUUAUUAAAACUAUUAAGACUA